AUGGAACAAAGUAGAGAAAGUCUAUCUAGACAAAUGUCCUUCACAACUAGGUUAUCGCACCAACCGUCAAAACUUGAUUUAAUCGAUGAUACUACGCUAACAUCGCUCCCACUACCCCCACCUCCUUCCAGAUCGAGGAAUAGAACAAAUACAAUUGAAAGCAAAAGAGAUAGCGAUAGCAACAGUAGCAAACCUUACGAACAGUGCUCGCCUGAUCUCAAUACUAAACCUGAGUACAUUGAAGACGAAAGCUUUUUUGACGAAGAAGAAAGCGAAGACCCCAUCGUCUUGGUCGAAGAUUAUAUGAAGCCAGGCGAGGAAAGCACCCCCACAACCAUGACCAGCUUGACUUCCACGAGGUCUGCAGGAACUACAGAGACGAAAUCACUGGUCUCUUCUGGUUCCAAUAAUACCCAUUUGCAUAGAAAACAAUCAUUGGCAACGUUUAAAGUACGGUUGCAACAGCAGCAACUCUCCUUAAACCAAGAGUCGGACCUUGUUAGUAUUUCAGACUCUUCCUCGUCCACGACUACCUCUAUUGUAGACCCACUCACGUUCAGUAGAACUUCCUCAGCCAGCAAUAAGUAUAAGUGUUCAUCUACCUUAGAACAUUUUGAAGAAGUCUUUGGAAAAAUCCCGGGAACUGACAAUUUGAAGUACUGUGAUUUGUGUGAUAAACCACUUUACGAGAUUAGUGCCAUCAUAGAGAAGAGAAGAGGUUACAUUGAAAGUCUGAAAGAUUCUGAGAAUGAAGAGAUAAAAUACCAAGAAUUUGUCUGUGAAGAAUGUGUUGAGACGUAUGAUCAAUUCUUCAACGAAUUAGAAGAAUUAAACUUAAUAGAAGAUACAAAUGCCCACGAGCAAAAAAUGAAAAACAAUAGGAUUUGCGAGAUAUUCAAAGAAAUAGAAAGAAAGUACAGCGGUAGCACUAGCAGUGAUAUAACUACCCUUAACCAGAUUACUACACCCUCUACUAAUAAGAGAUGCUUUGACUCGGCAGAUGAGACAGAUUCCAAAAGAACCAAGUUCUCUGAGAAUUUAUUGAGUAGGCUUCAUAACCUUUCAGAGAACGACAUUUCAUACAACUGCGCAGGUGGGAAGAGAGGUAAAUUUACCGCUGAUGGUGAAUGGAUUAAAAACAUCCAAAAUAAGUUAAGAUGGAGGUGGAGAUUACAAGGAUUAUUGCCAGAUGUCCUAACCAAACAGCAUAGCAUUAAAUAG